GCAGUUUGAUCUACAACUAUUAGAUACAUAAGCCUGUUGAGAGGAAGCCCAAUUUAUUCAGUCCACAAUCAUUGCAAAUAAGUUAUGAAAUCGUUUGUUAACACUGUUAUUGGCUAGCGCCAGUUCCGAACUCAGACAAUGACUUCGAACCUUGAGUUAUUUAAUUUAAUGGACAACUUCUUGCCGUCAGAUAAGUGCUUACUAGUGAAUGACUUGGGGUGUCCCUUUUAUGGUAGCAGUAGUGUUUUUUGUCCAGAUUCAGCAUGCACUUGUGUUACUGAUGAUCUACAAUUGAUGGGACAGCAUUACACAACUUGUCAUAGUCACUCAUGUUCACUCUGUGGUUUAAGUUUCAUAUCCUCGCGGCUUCUUUCGACACAUGAACAAAUCGCUCACAGUGGACCUUUCAGAUCGAAGCUGGACUGUUUUCUCACUGUGUGUCCUCAGAAGUUUGCUGACUGUGCGAAACUCUCCUCGCAUGCUUAUGAUUGCCAUGGGCUUCUUCCCGACUCACCAGUGCUUACAGGUGCAAUGAUAGGUAUUGAGAAUCGGGAUUCUAAGAAAGUUAUGUCCGAAUUUCAUGUCCACCAUUGGGAUGAAUCCGCUGAUGGUCAACUCAGUUUGGAAAAUAUGCUCAAAAAGCUCAAGUCUGAGGGUUGCAGUUGCAUUAAUUACAAGUUCAGUCCUGGGACCAAUUUUCCGGAGCACACUCAUAACGAAGAUAAACUAGACUGUAUCGUCAGCGGUCAGCUCUCAUUCAGUAUGUAUGGAAAGGAGAUUAUACUAGGUCCAGGUGAUCUUUUAGAAGUUCCUCGCAACGUACCACAUUCUGCUCAUGUUGUAGGCAAAGAUCCACUUGUAUUUGUAGAUGCUACACGAAAAUCAUAAUGCUUCAAGAUUUUAUUUGUGGUUAUUUUAAUUUUAUACUUUUUCUGUUUCUUGAUGCAUAAUUCAUAAAUGUUGUCAAUACAAUAGUC